CUGCUCUCAGUGUGGAAAGAGUUUCUCAACCAAACAUAGUCUUGAGGUUCACAUGAGGAUCCACACAGGAGAGAAGCCAUUCACAUGUGAUCAGUGUGGAAAGAGUUUCACACAAAAAGGAGGUCUUAAGGAACACAUGAAAGUUCACACUGGAGAGAAGCCACACACAUGUGAUCAAUGUGACAAAUCAUUUCUAGGGUCAUCAAACCUGAAGAGACACCUGAGAGUUCAUACAAAGGAGAAGCCACAUUCAUGUUCUGUGUGUGGAAAGAGUUUUUCACUGCUGUCAUAUUUAAAUGAACAUGAGAAAACACACACUGGUGUGGGAGAGUACAUGUGCUUUGAGUGUGAGAAGACUUUUACUACAGCAAACGGUUUAAAAGUGCACCAGAGAAUUCAUACUGGAGAAAAACCUUACAAGUGUUCACACUGUGACAAGAGAUUCAGUGAUUCAUCAUCUCUGAAAAGACAUGAGAUGAUCCACACUGGAGAGAAACCUUACAAGUGUUCACAGUGUGACAAGAGAUUCAGACGGUCAGGACAUCUGAAAAUACAUGAGAGGAUCCACAGCAGAGAGAAUCUGCACAAGUGUGACCAGUGUGGAAAGAGUUUCUCUUUUAAAAGUCACCUGAAGAUACACAUGAAGAUCCAUGCAGUGGAGAAACCACAGCACCACAGUCUGAAAUGAAGUAGUUCAUUUUUAUGUGCUGAACAAAAAAAUCUCUUCUGUGUAAGUUAGCUUUGCUCUCUGAACAGUGGCAGCCUGCAGCUGAAUUUUUUGUGAUCACUGAAGCCCCAGGUAUACUUCGGCCGUCCUCGUUUGUGAAUUUGACAUUCACAAUUUUCGUCAUGAGGCAGGCUCGUGGCCAGCCGCACACCCCGUCCGCAGGCAACCCAAAUUUCGAGACCGUGCAGAUGGUGCACAUGCACAAGCAAGACGGAAGAGUCCACUAGGUGGCAAUACACACAGUACUGAGCACAAUGUGCAGUCGUCAAAGAAGAGUGUAAAUAGCGAUUCAAAAACAAGACGAAUAAACUCGGAGGCAUGCUUUCCCCAUCAUUUUUUAAUUCCUGUUCUCUUGGUGUAUCUUCUGAACUAUGUUGCAAUGGUGGAUGCACUAUUUUUCUUCUUCGAUCCUGUCCAGCGAAUGUCCCAUAGAUGACAUGAUGUCUGGUAAUACUAUAGAAAAUGUUUUAUUGCGCAUGUGUCAAACUCGGUGAUCCACGUGCAUCCGUGGUUUAGUAUACUUUGAAAGAUUCACGGACACGACUGCACACGAGACACAUCCAGGCGCGGAAAAUGAAGUAUACCCGGGGCUUGAUGGCGCGCUGUCUUUCCGCACUCAUGCAAAGAAUUAUCUUUGAAAGGCUUGCACACUCAACUGUGCGCGAGAUGGAGCAGAACGUGGGAAAUGACAUAUACCCGGGCCUUAACCACUCCAAAUUGUAGUGGACUGGAACUGACGGCUCACUUUGGGAAAAAUACCCCCCCAAUGUCCCCCAUGUUAUUAUGUCUUGACAUGUAGUUUAACUGUUGCUGGUUUAUGCAAGAGGCAUUCUGGGAUACCUGGCUGUCUCAAGUCCCCUCUCGAUGCAUCCUCGAUAAAAGUCGGAUCAAGAACACAUCCGGGGAUUUGAACUGUACUUGGCUAGAUGUGAACUUUGAAUUGGAUCAGUACUCGGGACGCAGCUGAUGACGUUUCACAAGAACAGACAAGAAUGCAUAUUAAAAAAUGGCUAACUAAUGAAUGAAUGAGGCAUUUAUAUAGUGCUUUACUAUGUACUACUGUACACCGUAAGUGCUUCACAAUCACAGCAGGGGUCGCUCCUCAUCCACAACCUGGAUAAUUCAACAGCAGACACAGAGCAACAGCACCAAGAUCAAAUCUGUGGUUUAUUGAUAAAAAUUUGAAAAUUUGAUCUGACGUUGUUGGAGUUGUGAGAUCCAGAUGAUCACUGGGCGUUCAGUGCUCAUAUACACUGCCGAGAGCAGCCUUACCUCGGCAAGUCCUUCUGAUGUUUGCCGCUGACUCUGAUGACUCUGUAGUGGUUAAACAUUAAAUCUUUGGUCUCAUUAAUCUAUAAUUAGUUCCCUGGAAAAUCGUUUUGGCUGAGGGUAAAGUAAAGUUUCAUAACUUUAUAUAUUUAGGCUAUUUAACUUUACCAUUGUAGUCUAUUAGAGCGCUGAAUUUUAACGUUUGACUGAACUGUUUGCUUUAAUUUUUAUUGUAGCUUUUUAUACCUGUAAAUGUAAAUGUACCUUUUGCUUACAUUUUUAUAAUUGCUGUUAUUGAUCAUUAAAACUGACAUUUAACAAAAUGAUACAGAGUUGUGUUUUAUGAUUGCAAACUACAUGCACAUAUUGCCUGAACCACAUAUAUUUAAUAUUUUUAAAAUGUAAAUGAAAAGAGGAAGAUUUUAUAGUUCUGGUUUAUACCAUUCUGGUGUUUUAUAGUUUGUUUGGUUGUAAAUAUACAUGUAGUGAAGAUAAUCAUUGACUUUGUUGCCUGAACAACAUGCAUGGGUAUUAAUAUGUUAAUUUUAUUGUUGCCUAAAAUAUACAUACAGAGAUAACUGGAGUGGCCAGAAUAUCAAAUG